AUGGCGAAAAAAAGAAAACCCAAAAAACAAACCUCAGGCGACAGCUCCACUGGCUCAGCCGAUUUUUCUGGUUACUCCGCUUCUGAUUCUUUCCAAAUUUCUCCGCCUGAAUCUUCAGAUCCAGCCGGUGCCUCUUCAGAUCCGGCCAUGAUUUCUUCAGAUUCAGCCGUUUUCUGUCCAGACCUAGCAACUGAAGGUAUUUCCCCACCUAAGGAAACCUCCUCUGCUACCAACAUUGUUCCUGCUGCGCAUUGUGACAUAGUUGCGAGUCAAGCAGCAAACUGUGUUACUAGUACCAUUAUUGCUACUACUGUCUUAGAAAGCGGUGAAAUUCCCACUGCCAUACCUACAGCUACUCCUUCGGAUGUACCUGUCAGUCCUCCUCACGAGACCCCGCUCUCGCCUCCGGUUGAUAAAGCCCAGGCUCCGGCGUCCUCCUCCCCAAUAAACAUUGUCAAAGCUCAAGCCUUUCUCUGGAGAGACAAGGUUAAGGCCAACACAGGGAAGCUGGAUCCUGAAGGAAAGCCUUUCAUUCUUGACUCAGGGGAAGCUUGUGUGCGAAUUCCCAACUCGGUUAUUGAGAAGAAUCGAAAGUCUUGGGAUAGCUUCAUCAUUGGCCAGUUUUAUGAGGAAUCCCCUGCAAGAGGAGCUGUUCACGCCAUUAUAAAUGGAAUGUGGAGCAAACAGCGCCAGGACAUUGCUGUCUCGAAAAUAGAAGGCAACGCUUUCUAUUCCGCGUCCCUUGUCCGAAUGCCCGCCGUCAUAUCCUCAGUCAAUGUCUCUGGCAAGGAUGCCUUGAAAGAGAUUGCUGGUCUAGUUGGACACCCCCUCUACAUGCACCCUGCAACAGAGAACCUAACAAACAUUGAGGUAGCGAGAGUAUACACGGUUAUUAACCCCCGCAAGCCUCUACCGGAAGCUGUAAACGCACAAUUUGACUCAGGUGAAAUCACCAGAAUUACGGUUUCUUGCCCGUGGCUCCCCUCCCUUUGUAGCCAUUGUCGGACAGUUGGGCAUACUAUCUCAAGGUGCCCUACUGCUCCUCGAACUUGCAAUAUAUGCCAUUCUGUGAAGCAUGGAACUGAGGCUUGUCCCCGCAACAACCAUCAGCGUGAGGGGAAGGCCCCUAUUGCAACAAAGAAGACUACGCCUGUACCUGCUUCUGAAUAUGAGUCAGAGCCCGAAAGCUUCUCUCCUGAUGAGGAUAACCCUGAUGACGACGCUGAUCGCUACAUUCAGGUCAUCUCUAAGCGGCAGAAGAAGCUAUUGAAAUCGAAAUGGUUUUGGAAUAACAAACCCAUUUUUAGCGGUCUCAUUGAGACUCAUGUCAGCAGUGUGAAGGCUCCAGCUAUCAUCAGUAGGGCUUUCCCCGGUUGGCAUUACGAUUGUAAUUAUGAAUUCUCGGAUUUAGGAAAGAUUUGGCUUCUUUGGCACCCUAUGGUCUGUGUUUCAGUUUUGCACAAAUCACUUCAGUCUAUCACUUACAGUGCCAGGCUGCCGUUUAUCUCUACUUCCCUAGUCGUAACACUAGUAUAUGGUUCUACUUGUCGGAAGAUUCGCAGAGAGUUAUGGGCCGAAUUGUGCUUUCUGUUAUGGGCCGAAUUGUGCUUUCUGUCUUAUACUGCCCCUGUUCGCGGCUCUCCUUGGGUUGUUCUUGGUGACUUUAACCAAGUUCUCUCUGCUUCAGAACACUCUACCGCUGACCCAUUCUCCUCUUCAAGAGGUAUGCGAGAAUUAUUUAACUGCAUUGAUUCAGCUUCGCUCUCAGAUCUCCCAUUCUGUGGGAAUCCUUUUACUUGGUCCAAUAAGCAAGGAGCCACUGUUGUUUCUAAGAAGCUCGAUAGAGUUCUAGUUAAUGACAAUUGGCUACAAGUUUUUCCAAACUCUCUGGCUGUUUUUGGAGACCCUGGAAUCUCAGACCAUAGCCCUUGCUGCGUAUUUAUUGACUCCGGAAAACCUAAAGAGAAAAGGCCGUUCAAAUUCUUUACCUUGCUUAACAAUCAUCCUGACUUUGAGGUUCUCAUCAAGGAGUGUUGGGAGUCUCUGCAGUUCGAUGGAACUAGUAUGCUAAAUGUCUCCAAGAAGCUCAAGUUUCUAAAGAGUAUUAUACGAACUUUUAGUCGGGAAAAUUACUCUGAACUUGAGAAAAGAGUCGCUGAAGCUUUUGAGGAAUUAAUAUCUUUCCAGCGAGUUCUCCUCUCUUAUCCGACAUCUCAAGCAGCAAUAAAUGAGAAGGAUGCUCACCUAAAAUGGUCUGCUCUUGCUAAGGCUGAGGAGUCUUUCCUCUAUCAACGAUCUCGCGUUAACUGGCUGGAUAAUGGCGAUUGUGGUUCUGCCUUCUUUCACCGCUCUAUCCGAUCUCGCCUUGCUCAGAAUCAGGUGUUAUUUUUGCUGGAUGAGAAUGAUUGCGUGAUUGAUACUAAGGAGGGUAUUAUGCAGCACACCCUACACUUUUAUGAAGAUUUUCUUGGUGGAAGCGUUACCACGCUGGACGUUUCUCCUGAUGAGAUUGCUCAGCUUAUUCCUUACAGGUGUUCCUCCUCUGUCUCUGACACUCUCGCAGCUCUUUUUUCCCGGCUAGACAUCCAGAAGGCGUUCUUCCUGCUUCCUAAGAACAAAUCACCGGGUCCAGAUGGUUAUCCGGCCGAAUUCUUCACUGCUCAUUGGAGUACCGUCGGCUCUGAAGUUAAUGAGGCUGUAGAGGAAUUUUUUCAGUCUGGAAGAUUGCUUCAACAAUGGAAUGCAACCAUAUUGACCCUUAUCCCAAAGAAGCAAAGUGCGGUUAAGAUUAUUGACUUCAGGCCCAUCUCUUGCUGCAACACAACAUACAAGGUCAUAGCAAAACUCUUAGCUAAUCGCCUGAAGCAAGUGCUCCCUAAUGUGAUCUCCAACACGCAAUCUGCUUUCAUUCCGGGAAGACUUCUAGUGGUGAAUAAUAUCUCUAAGCGCUCCAUGCUUAAGAUUGAUCUUAAGAAGGCUUUUGAUUCCCUGAGCUGGAACUUCAUCUUCUCUAUUCUUCGAGCUCUAAACUUCCCGGAAGUCUUCAUUGGUAUGAUCUCUCAAUGCAUCACUACAAUCCGCUUCUCGGUGGCAAUCAAUGGAGAGUUAGGAGGCUAUUUUCGAGGAACAAAGGGCCUUCGACAAGGCGAUCCUUUAUCUCCCUAUCUCUUUGUCCUGUCAAUGGAAGUUCUUGCUAAGUUAUUAAAUGUGAAGUUCGAAUCAGAUCUAAUUGGCUACCACCCAGUGCCAUCAUCGCCUCAAGUAACUCACCUAUCCUUCGCUGAUGAUAUUAUGGUUUUCUUCGACGCUCAAAAGUCUUCGUUGAUACACAUAUCCGACACAUUAGAUCUGUUUGCUUCCUGGUCGGGGCUAGUGAUGAACAUAAUCCGCUAUCUGGGGCUCCCUCUUAUGCAUAGGAAACUUCGCAUCUGUGACUACAGGCCUCUAAUCGAUCAACUCAAGAGCAGGUUCUCUUCUUGGACCUCUAGAGCUCUUUCAUUUGCUGGGAGGAAGCAGCUCCUCUCUUCUGUCAUUUACGGCAAAGUGAACUUCUGGUUUUCCACUGUAUUACUACCCAAAGGAUGCAUCAAAGCAAUAGAGUCAUUAUGCGCCAGGUUCCUAUGGAAUGGGAACGUAACGACCAGGGCUGUUGCGAAGGUCUCGUGGUCCUCAGUUUGCCUUCCCAAGCAAGAAGGUGGUCUAGGCCUCUGUGACUUGACUAUCUGGAACACAUCCUUAUGCCUGAAGCUUAUUUGGCUACUACACACUGAGAAUGAAUCACUAUGGGCAAUGUGGACUAAGACUAACAGGAUUGGUGAUAAGAAUUUUUGGAGCAUUGAUGAGAGUAAACAAACUUCUUGGAUCUGGAAAUCUAUCCUAAAGCUGCGACCUAUUGCAGAGAAUUUCUUGAAGUGUGAAGUUGGAAAUGGGGAUAAAGCAAGCUUCUGGUUUUAUGAUUGGUCACCUAUGGGGCGCUUGUUCAAACUAUUCGGUCAUUCAGGCCCUCGCCAGCUAGGUGUUCCCAUCAACGCUUUAGUCUCUUUGUGUUGUUCCUCCACGGGUUGGAACCUCCGUCCUGCUCGUUCCCCGCUUGCUGAACAGGUUGGCGAUACCACUUUGCAAAGCUAUUCUGCUUCCCUCACUUGGGAAGAGCUCCGCCACCAUGGUCAGAGGCAGAGUUGGACCCGCAUUGUCUGGUUCAAGGGACACAUCCCUAGCCAUGCUUUUAUGAUGUGGAUAGCUUAUCUUGAUUGCUUGCCUACUAGAAUGCAACUAGCCUCUUGGGGCUUGCAAAUUGACAAGUCUUGCUGCAUCUGCAAUCACUACCAAGAGUCACGCGAUCACCUUUUCCUACGCUGUAGCUUUAGUGAACAGCUCUGGAAACUACUAAUGAGGAGAAUGGGAUACAGGCCCUUUCUAUUCCACACAUGGACGUCCAUGCAUUCAUGGCUUGAAACUGCUGACAGUACAUGCCCAUAUACUCUUUGUCUCCUCGUCGUGCAGGCAACAAUCUACAAAAUUUGGGCUGAACGAAAUAGGAGACUUCAUUGCUCUGUUUCGUCCACCCCACAAAAUCUCCUUCGCGACAUAGACAGGCUUGUGCGAAAUGUCAUCCUUGCAAGGAAAAAGCACAAGAAGUUUCAUACUCUGAUGCAAUGUUGGCUCAAGUUCGCUUAG